AUGGCAGGAAUCACAGCUUGGUUGACCAUCAGUCUUUGCUGCUCUUUGACGGUAGCUGAUCUGGUCGGUAUACCGACUGUACCAUUUGUCACUUCAGCAGCAGGACACUACGACUUUCAUCAGACUCAAUCGAUCGUUGUAGACCCUCGCUAUGGCAAUGCUACGGACACAAACGGCUGGACACUAAUUCCACCAACUCUCAACGACUUUGCGCGAACGUUCCAAGAAGAUCUCACCCACAUUACAGGACGGUCGUGUGGUCUAGGGCACUGGCACGAGACGAAAGCGCUGUCCAUCAUACUUACCCUCGACAACUGCUCGGACUUCGUUGACGCCGCCGGUCGAUGGACAUCUGAAGCUUACAGACUCGAUAUCACUGAAAACAAUAUCACUGUGACUGGAGCUAGUCCUCUUGGUGUCUGGUGGGGUACAAGGACGCUCUUACAGCAGGCUGUGCUACAGAAUGGGAGUAUAUCGACUGGUUCGGGUGUCGACAGUCCAGGAUGGAACACGAGAGGUGUCUUCCUCGAUGCUGGCCGGCAUUACUACCCACCAUCCUUCUUGGUCGAGAUGUGCAACUGGACGUCAUUUUGGAAACAAAAUACAUUUCACUUGCAUCUCAGUGAUAAUUUGUACAACAACGUCGACAUCUACUCUCUGGAGCGGCAGCUCGAGCUGUACGCUCGAUUCCGACUACUAUCCGAUGACCCUGCUGUUGCUGGGCUGAACAAGUAUGCCAAUGAAUCUUACACUCUACAGGACUUUGACCACAUACAAUCCGCCUGCGCUGCUCGAGGCGUGACUGUCAUUCCAGAAAUAGAAGCACCAGGCCAUGCUCUGGUCAUAUCACAAUGGAAGCCUGAGUUGGCACUAGAAGGACAAAUUGAUCUGCUCAACAUUUCGAACCCGGACACGAUACCUCAAAUGGAGACGAUCUGGAAGACGUUCCUGCCUUGGUUCCAGUCGAAGGUCGUCCACAUCGGCGCUGAUGAAUACGUGGACUCGCAGCUAAGCAAAAAUGCGCUGGCUGUUGUGUACAACACUUUCGUGAACGCAAUGAACGACUUCAUCCGCAGCGUUUCCGGGAAAUCGGUACGUAUCUGGGGCACUUUCCCGCCGCAAGCGAACUACACCAACAAUAUCAGCAAAGAUGUCACGAUCCAGCACUGGGAGUUCUUUGAAGAUAACCCAGUCUUCGACUACAUCAACAACCAAUACAGCGUGAUCAACUCCGACGACCACUUUUACCUCGUCCAAAAAUACUCAGGAAGCUACGCCCAACAACUCAACAAAACCCUCAUCUUCCACGGCAACCCUCUCGGUGGAGCCUUCGCACCUAAUAUCUUCGAUCCUAAUAAUGCUACGAACAACCCACCUCGCGAUAGUCCGUACGUGCCUGGCCAUAUCGCAGCUCAGUGGAACGAUUACGGGUAUAAUACUUCCACGUACCUGGAAGCAUACGAUGCGUGGCGAAAUGGGCUUCCAGCAUUAGCGGAUAAGCAAUGGGGUGGUAAAUUGAAGGAGGAGCAAUAUGAUGCCAUUUUCGAGAAAUUGCAAGCGGCUGCGCCGGGCCAGAAUCUGGACCGCACUAUCCCGUCCAAAUCGUCCACGAUCCUGAAAUACGACCUCACCAAAGACUGCGACAACGGCAUCGUGCAAGAUCUCUCAGGAAACAACUAUAAUGGCCACACCAACUGCACAACCACAGCAAAGUCCAGCCUCCUCUUCGACGGCACAUGCACCCUCACCACCCCCCUAACCUCCAAAGGAAAAAACUACACCCUCUCCUUCUCCCUCAAUCCAUCCGUUUACAACGUCCCCCUCUUUACCGGCCCGGACAGUCAGCUCCGACUAGGCAACGGCACAAGCACGCAAGUAAUGAUGAUUUCCGCCGGAAAUGCCUUUGCGCUAAACUAUACCCUCCCCCUCAACAGUUGGAGUCAGGCGACUUUGAUCGGGAGAGGGAACCAGACAUUCUUCUCUGUUGAUGGAGGGAAGGAAAUGGAGUUCACGACUAAGUUGGGGGUGAAUGGGGAGUUUUUCAUUUGGGCGAAUAUGGCUAUGACGGCGCCGUUGCAGACGAUCGGGGGAGGAGGGUUUGAGGGGGAGAUGAGGGAGGUGGUGCUUGUGGACCAUGCUUAG